AUGUCAGAAUUUCAACUACCGCCAAUUGAAGUUGUUCCCACUCUAUCUACAAUCGAGCGGUCCUCCAUUCUCGAUGCACUUUUCGAGCCAUGUCAGGCGCUACGUACUCUCUCAUUGGACGUGCUUCAUACACAGAAAUUUGAUUCAUACUUCGACUUGAUUGCUAGUGUUGGAGUUCAGUUGACAGAGUUGUCCGAGAGUCCUUCCACAAGUGAUACGGAAUGGCUUGAUCAAAUUCUUGGUGCCCAUCCAAGACUUGGCGAGAAGAAGGUCGAUAGUGCCCAGUCAAAGGCCGAGCAAGCACAGCUGAAUACUGGAGGAGAGGAGGAAGCUACCAAACUCAGAGAGCUGAAUGCUGAAUACGAGAAGACUUUUCCUGGCCUCAAAUAUGUUGUCUUCGUCGACGGCCGUCAACGUCCUCUUAUAAUGGAGGACAUGCGUUCAAGGAUUGACCGAGGAGAUAUCAAGUUAGAGAGAGCAGAAGGUAUCAAGGCUAUGUGCGAUAUUGCAGCGGAUCGCAGCGCAAAACUCCAACAACCAUGA